AUGUCUUUCCAACUCUUCAACUACCCUGGCCAAGGCGUGGCCUUCUCUGACUUCGGUUACUACUCACAAGCUGUUGAAGUCGGCGACAUUGUCAAGCUAUUUGGCCAAGGUGGUUGGAACGAGACCGGCGAGAUUCCUUGCGUCUUCGAGCAAGAGCUUAAGACCACCUACGACAACAUCUUAAGAGCACUACAAUCAGCCAACUCUGAGCUCUCAUUUGACGACGCCUGCUCGGUGCGAUCGCUUCACACCGACCUGCGAUCCAGCUUUGAGCCACUGGUGCAGGUUUCAAAGCGCCAUUUCCCGAAUCAUCGGCCUACGUGGAUGGCCGUCGAGGUUUCGAAGCUGGCAUUAGACACUGUGCAUAUUGAGGUUGAGAUUGAGGCAGUAUUGCCUGAGAAGAAUGGGCCUAGAACAGGGUUAAACUAG